CUUAUAUGCCAAUGACUGGCUUUAAAAAACGUUUAACGUUUUCAAAGUUUAUUUUUAAAAUGCGCGCCAAGUAAAAAACUAGUUCUUGUGUAUCUAAAUAGGGCCACAGGCGUAGCAAAAGGGGGAACUAUCAUAUACAUUUUUAUAAAAUAUAAGUUCUUGUACUUAAGUGUAAAAUCAGGUAAUCAUAAAAAAUCACCUUUUAAAUACUUGAGUUAUGUUUUAAUUUAAUCCCCCUUCGAAGUGAUUCCGACUACGCACAUGCCCGCAGCCCUGGUUGCAACCCCUACGUUGGGGCUGUGCAGCCCUGCGAACUUGGCUUGCUGUUUUGCAGAUAUUUCGCAGUUUGCCGGCAAAGGAUGAAGUGCGCAGUUCAAAAGUGCGGCAACAGUUCCUUUUACAAGUCCCUAGCAUAUCAUACCGGUGGAAGCAAAAGCAUUUUCUCGACUUUUCCGAGUGCCCGCGAAACUUUCCACCGGAAAAACUACGCAACCCUGACGAAACUAUAGGAAUUCCAUUAACUUCGGCGAACUUUUCAAAGAUGAUGUCGUCCCAGACGGCCGGUGAUUCAAAAUGGGUGAACCACCCAGACAACAAGGAACAUGUGGAGAGGGGACCAAAAGAGCGAUCCCCGAAGCAAGUAAACAAAAAGCUGAUAGACCUGCUCAUGGCAGAUGCGGAAGAUAGUGACGCCCACAGCACUUCCAACUCCACUCUCAUUGCUGCCCUUACGCCAGACAGCGCUUUCUUUGAUGGCUUAUCGGAAGAGGAAAGCACUGAGCUCCAGGAAGGUGAUCCCCCACUAGAAAGAAAAUGCCGCACCUGCUUUCAAGUCGUAACCUCGGAUGAAGAUGUCAAGGAUCUCUAUGAUAGGGACAACAUUGCGCUCCUUUACCACAUUGAAGUUACCACCGGAGUGUGGAUAGAAACAGGAGAAAAGGGACGACCGCAUCACAUAUGUGCUACAUGCCAAGAAACUCUGCAGAAGUCGGUAGAUUUCCGAGAUAAAUGCAUUCAGAUCGAUAAAAAGUUCAAGCAAGCCACAAAGCAAAAUUCUGAGGAUGAAAUUGAAUCCGAACUGGAAAAUGUUCUUUACGAAGAGUCCGUCCAGCAGGCGAGUGAAGUGCCAGGAACAGGGUUUAAUUACCCAGAACUUGGAUCGGAUAGUGAGUGUGUCCUAGAUGAGAAGGACAUACCACUAGAUCUGGAUUCAAUUGAAUUCUCAUCUGGGGAAGAAGACGAAGAAACCAAUUUCCUAUUGAAAAAAGGAAGACCACGGAGGAAGUCAAAACGUGCUUGUAAUGAGAUUGUAAGCAUUAAGAAAUGUGAGACCAAAGAGGAGAUUGGCAAAGUCGAUCCUGGAGCAGAGGUCUACAAGGUUGUGCUAAGUGAAUGCAAUCGGAAGGAUGAAACCAAGAAGAUGAAUUCUCUACCAUUGCCAAGGCCUGUCCAACAAAGAGUGAGCUUGGAGGAGAAAAAACGGAGAAGACGUGAAAGGGUUCGGGCAAAACCAUUUAGCCAUGUCUGCGAUCAGUGCGGCCACUCCUUCCGCCAACGGGGCCAGCUGCGGAUGCACUUGCUCCGUCACAAUAGCGCCAAAAACUUUGAUUGUCCCGAGUGCCCGAAGAAGUUCUAUGACGCCUAUACGCGCAACAUUCACCUAAGAGCCCGUCACAAGGGCGAAAAUCCUUUUCCUUGCAACCAUUGCAACUCGUCGUUUUCAAACGCGAGCAGUCGUCAUAGGCACGAGAGAGAAGUUCACGGAGUUGGAUCACGGAUUUUCACACGGCCAAAAUCAAAGCCAGAUGGCUCUGAUCGACAUUAUUGUACCCAAUGCACAAAGAGUUACUGCACAAAAAACGCUCUAAGUUUACAUAUGAACUCACACAAUGGUACCAGGCCCUUUAAGUGCUCGGUUUGCCAACAGGGAUUUACGGACCCAUCUGCCAAAAGGCGACAUGAAGCCAGACACGAUAAGUUUCCCUUUCACUGUGAUAUAUGCUCCAAGGGAUUCCUUCUGCGCUCCCAACUUACCAAUCAUUAUGAUGUACACACUGCGGAUCGCCCUCAUUGGUGCGAGUUCUGCGAUGUUCACUAUCGUCAUAGGUAUAAGUUAAACCAACACUACAAAAGUAGUAUGCACAAGAAUAAUGUGCUUAAAGCUCAGGAAGAGGAAUAUAAUGGACUGCAACAAACUCUUAAAGAUUUUUUAAAUUUCUAAGUGAUAUCAACUUGAAUCUCAACCGCAUCUCGUAACUAGAAUUAAGCCAAAUGCACAAGAAGUACGUGCCAAAACUCAGGACGACCAAAUCAUAAAUAUAUACGUAAUGUUUGAUACUCAAAUAAAAGAAUACUCAACUGCACAUGAAGUAAGUGCCAAAGGCUCAGAAAAAGCUCACAUGAAGUCAUUAAUAUAAUUUUGUGAAAAUGUACAUUGUUUUUUCGUAAUACUACAUUCCAAAAUUAGGAAUAUUAUGCAUUUAAAAAUCGGCAAUAUGUCUAAACUAAAAGAAGAGAAGA